UUGAGCCACACCCCAACUCAACGUCGCAGCGUAAACUAGUCUCGCCUCUCUCGUAGCCUGCAGUUCAGUACUGACUCUCCCGCCCUAACAUAGAGGUUGUCGGUGGAGAUGUCUGUGACUACGGUGCUCUUGUUCCUGGCUGAUGCUGUCAUCCUAGCUAUCUCACAGCUAACUCCUUACGGAGGGCAGGAGACUUUAGUUUUAGCUAGCGGAGCUGUAGAAGCGACACUAGUUUCAGAAGCUGAAAAUGGACGUUGUUCCACCAUUCUACUGAGUGACGGGAGCACUUCACCCCGCUCUCUAUUUGCGAUGCUUGGUAAGCUGCCUGCCUCCGGGGGACUGGCUGUAUUCGAGGUGGCAGUGGACGGCCAGGAAGCUAAUGUGACACUGGCGCAGCUCUCCAGGGUGGUCGACGAGGCUCGGCGGCUGCGGCAGGUGUCAUGGUGCGUGACGGUGGUGGUGGUGAGCGACGACCCAGCCUUCCUCGCCGCCUUCGCCGAGUGGUCCCUCAAGGGCCACCUCCUGGUGUGGUCGACGAGGCUCCUCGUCGUCACCCGCCUGCCCCUCCUGGAGCUUCACCACCUACACAAGAUACUCUCCAUGACCAACUCCAUGUUGUUGGUUGUAGACGAUACCUCGGGAAACAUGAAGUGCAGUGUAUACAUGUUGCUGCCAUACACUCUCGUUGAUACAAAGCCAAUAAAAGUUGCUUCCUGGACACUUGGAAGAGGUCUCUCUCUCGUCACCCACCUCUCCCUCUUCCUGGACAAGUUUCACAGAUUUCCUCACAAGCCGAGACUGGUGGUGGCAGAGGACGAGUACCAGCCUCAUGCGGCAGUGUCAACACAGGACACACCCCAGGGACAAGAGGUCACCUUCACCGGGCCAAUGCUUAAUCUCCUCCACAUACUUGCAACCAGCAUAAACUUCUCGUACACUAUGGUGCGUCCUCCUGAUGGAGCGUGGGGCGCUAAGGUGGCCGAUGGAACUUGGUCGGGCAUGGUGGGCAUGGUGAAGAGGGAGGAAAUAGACAUCGGUCUUGGUCCCUUUGGUGUGACUGCAGUUCGUGCUGAGGUGGUAGACUAUACCAGACCGAUAGUAAUUGAUUAUGCGAGGAUACUGGGAGGUCGAGGCGUGCCGGAGAUCGACCCGUGGGGCUUCCUGCUCCCCUUAGCGCCGCAAGUGUGGGCAACUAUCCUAACGGCGUUGUUGAUCAUGCCUACCAUAGUGCUUCUUAUAUCCUUAUAUGUAUCUCUCACGACAUCCCAUCAGUAUAACAAAAUCGCUGAUGACGUUUUGAUCUAUUUACGUAUAUUAUUACAACAAGGUAAGCCAAGGUUAUAA